GAGGAGACAGAGGUGAAGAGUCAGAAACACACGAGGUCAAAGUUCAGUCGUCACAUGUCUGAGAGGAAACAUCUACAGUCUGUCUGCAGUCAUUACAACACUCCUUUGUAUUUAUUCUCCUGCUCAUUACACACAGCUGACCAGAGCACUUCCUGACUGGACACCAAGCCUCGAUGCUGAUGACAAAACAACGUGAACUACAACCACAGCAACGCAAAGUCUGUUUGUUUUCCUGAAGACGUCUCACAUCUAUAAUAAAGUAAAACAGUUCUAAGCUGCAGUAAUGUGGUUAAACUCUCCACCAUAAGCAGGAAACAUGUAACAGCAUGAGGAUCCAGGUUCAGUGUCUCUGAGCUGCUGCUGCAGAGCAGGACCUGGAGAGUUCAAGACUCAGUAAAAAAUGCACCAGCAGCUGUGUGGUUCAGCUGGUGUAUGUGUGGCUCCACAAGUCAAAAUGAAAGAACCUUCAAAAUGGUGUCCUAAAUGCAGCAAGUUAAAGACAUUGGCAACCUUCCACCCGGUGGAUGACCUGACGUCCUGGCGUCCCAGUCUUCCCACGGGGAUCCUGUGAUCUUGGUAACUAUAUUCCACGUUUGAUGUCAAACAUGACGCUUCCCAUUAGACUUUGGGCAAAGACCAAGACACUGUCUGAGCUGUGUGUGAAUGUUUAGCCCUGUGUGAGAGGGUUAAUCAUUCACAGCCCUGUGUGGGCACAUCUUAAAAUAAAGUCCAGUAUUAUUUCAAAUAAAGUCCAGUAUUAACCAGGCAGCAUCUGUUCUUUGUGACCUUCAGACUUCAAACAAACGUCACAGAUUCUGUGAAGAAAUCGUUCAUGUGAGCAGCGUCCAGGGUCAAACGGACAAAUUUAUUAAAAAAAUGAAAUUAUGACAAAUACUGAAUAUUUAUUGUAUAAUAUAUUGCACAUGGAAACAAGCAUUAAAUGUCAUACCAAAGCAUUUUAAACCCCAGUAUGAGACACAGAAAACACUCACAAACAAAUGUUUUUCAGAAAAGUUUUACACUUACCUUUCCCCAAGGGACCGAGGAAGCAGUCCUUCCUCCUGUAGAACUGAAGGACCAGACCGCGAGACGGGGACAGCUGGUCUACGCGCUGCAACAAAGGAGAAGAUGACCUGCAGCAUCCUGCUGCUCAUCACCCUGACCUCCUGCGUCUGUGGUUCGUUUCCACCUGCAGCAGGAACAUUUGUAGUGAAUGUGACACAGAGCUCCUAUCAGGCAGAGGAGAACGAGGACAUCACACUGGAAUGGCGCUUCUCGUCCAAAGCCAACAUUUCCCUCCCCUCACUUAAGAUCCACUGUUUGUUUGUGUUACCUGAGCUGAAGGUGUUUUAUCAUCUGGACAACAGUGUUGAGGAGUCUCAGCAUGAGCAGUUUGCAGGACGGGUGCAGUGUGACAAAGACGCUCUCAGUACAGGACGCGUCAGACUUCAUCUGUCCAGAGUCAGGACUGACGACUCGGGCCCGUACCUCUGCAGAAUGGCCACUGAAUUCGGCAAGAAGAUUAAAGAGUUCUCACUCAACAUCACUGAUAAAUCACAUACAGACACAAUAGCUGACGAGCCCAAACCUGUGAUACCAAAACCAGCGAGCCGGGGAAGAAUCGGCCUCUACGUUGGACUGGGACUGGCAGCGGCAGCAGCAGCUGCACUGGCUGUCUGUCGCUGUACUUCAUCAUAUACUGCACUGCACUCCACCUGAAGCGGAGACAGUAGGACCGAGAAGCUGUGUGCAGUGACACACACGUGAAAUGUUUCAGCUUUCUUAAACUUCUGCUGCCCCCUGCUGCUCUGAAGAGAAAUCCACCAGAUGGGAGUCUGAAGACAGAACUGGUUCUUCUGUUAGAGCAUCACGUUUCCAAGUGAUGGAUAGAAAUCCAAAAACACUCCAGCUGAGUUUCGUGGUGGUUUUCUGCCUCAUGGUUACCUGAUUCAAUGGUCCCGCUGCUGUUAGUUCCUGCCGUAACAGACAGAACAGGCCAAGCUGAUAGCAGUGCUCACUCUAAAGCUGGUGAGGAUGUUAUCUUGGUUCAUGUUAAACUGGAUGACUUGUGCAGGCACUGGUUGUAUUUCUGGUCAUCUCUUGUUAUUAUGUGCUGACUUAAACGUCAGAUGUACUGUAACUCCACGAAGAGUACUGUAAUGCCAAUUACUGUUGAUGCAGAGUAUAGAUUAUUGCUCUAUUAUGAGUUCUACUAAAGUGAAGAUGCUGUUAAAGUAUCAGCAGGUCUGAUAACUUGGUGUCGUUAUUGUACAGAUCAUUUAAUGUACAUUCAGGGCUUGCUGGAUGGUGGAAGAAGGACUUUUACUUAAGUAAAAAACGUAACACCACAGUGCAGAAAUACAAGUAAAAGUACAAAGUAUUAGCAACAAAAUACACUUAAAGUACAAAAAGUAAAAGUACUGAUUAUGCAGAAUGGCCCAUUUCAGAAUAAUGUGUGUUAUGUUAUUGAAUUAUAAUUAUUGAUGCAUUGAUGUGUUCAUCACUUUAAUGGUACAGCUGGUAAAGGUGGAGCUUAUAUUUUACUAAACAUACUGAGCGUGAAUUUCACCAAGGGAGUAGAAGUAUAAAGUAGCAUAAAAUGAAAUUGGACUGAAGUACAGAACUUGAACAAAUGCACUGAGUUACUUUCCACCGCUGGUUGUAUGUUACAGUCAGCUGCUAAACUAUUGUGUAGCUUUAAAAACAAAAACAUCAUCAGCAUGUCUGUAAAUAUCUACAUAUGCAUACAUAUAUAUCUGUAAAUAUAGACUUUUAUACUGUGUUUUAUCAUCACUGGAUCACAUGUUAAUCUAUCCAGUUUUAUGCACUUCAUCUUAUGAGCCUUAUUUGAAUUGACAAGUGUUUAAGAUUUGUAUUUACUGAAGUUAAAAAGUAAAUUAUUAAUUUUCUAAUGAAUCUUUUAGGAAUAAAAAUAAAUAAAUAAAAACUUUGCUGUUUCCAUUUUUCCCAGAAUAUUCCUUUUUUAUUUUUCAUUAUAUAUUUUCAAGAAACAGAUGCAUGAAAAAUACACAAAUACAUCUCUUGGCUGUCUUUCCAUAUUCUAGUCAUUAAUGCGGAAGAAACAUUAAAUAUCACAUCACAAAAAACAAUUAUCCCAGAUUAGCAUAUUUACAUAUUAUACAAGGAAGAAACUGUGCAGAUUUCAGGUCUGUCUGAUACGUGACAGAGUGUGAUGAGGUGUCCAAUAAAAACACUGGACAGCGUAAAGGUGAAGAACAGCGUUUCCUCCAUCAGGUCCAUUAUUUUGUACAUUUACACUUUGUUUGUUGUCAUUUUACUCAUGUGAUGUGUGUGAAGCAUCAAAGCUGUUGCUAUGGUUACCUGCUGGUAUGUUUGAUGUGCUCUGAUGGACAGUUUUAUUACCUGCCAGCCAAUGGGAAACUGGUAUUUUCUGUGUCCGUGGUAUAAAGUUGAAUUCUAACAGU